AAGUUCACCAUUGCUGACAUCCUGUUUCUGUCCCCCACGAUGCCGACUUCGCUGCUUCUGCUUCUCUGUCUGAUCGGACAUGUUUUUGCCAUACAACCUCCAGAUGUGGACUGUGUGGUGGUGCACCUGAAACAUGUUCACUGUUCCUGGAAUCAGAAGGGGACUCCAGAAGUCAACUACACCUUCUCCAGCUGGUUCCACAAUGAAAAAGUAAGCACCUGCGCCACCUAUCUGUCGGAGAACGGCAUGAACACUGGAUGCAAUCAACCCUAUGAAGAAACCAAAAGAUUCCUCACAUUUUACACCGAACUCGAACAUGGCAAUGACAUUUUUCGGAAGACGCAUGAGCUCGUAAAAAAAGUCAAGUUAUAUCCACCAAGCAACCUGACCGUGAAGAAUGGAUCUGACUUUAACCUGUGGUUUUACUGGAACCAGACUAGUUUCAAGUGUGUGGAGAGUGAAGUCCUCUACAAGAUAAACGACAGGAAGGAGCAGCGUUCUAUGGUCGGUGCUGCGAUUCAGAGCUACUGCAUCAACUUGCCAUCCAGUACCUCCCGAUAUGAGCUGCGAGUGCGGAGCAGACUGGAGCACAUCUGUGGACAGUCUUUAUUCUGGAGCGACUGGAGUGAGCCUGUGGUCUGGGGAUCCAACAAUGGCACAGCCACAACUCAGCGUUUGCCAAUGUCGGUGUGGACACCAGUGCUGUACGGAGUGGGUGCCCUCACUCUCAUCCUACUCGUCAUAAUGUUACUGCACCAUGAAAGGCUCAGAAUCAUCCUCAUCCCCGUGGUUCCCAAGCCAUCACUGAUCUCUCAAGACAUCGAGGGUUGGUUCCCCAAAGGCGUGAAAGAGAGUUUUAAAGCUAACUACAAUGAGCGCGCCUGCCCUGUCCGCGAGUACUGCAACGUCUCCCAGUCCGACAGCGAGAGAUCUGACAGCUCCACUUCUUCUGUCUCCACCGACCAAACUGUCUGAGCUGUCUUCUCCAUCCGUUCUCCAAAAGAAACAGAAGAGAAUCUAUUGCUGUGUCAUCUUCCACCUUUACAGUCGAACCUGAAGAGGAGCAGCAAGGUUCUGUUUUGGAGGCAUCUGAAUCAGUGUUUUAAUCCGCUGUUUUGAGGCACCAGCAUGGACUCUCAUGGCCAGUUGCUUUUGUUACACUAGUUCAAGUUUUUAUAGUAGAACAAUGAAAACUUGUUUCAGCAUAAAAAGAAACAAAAAAGAGCAUCCGAUAUGAGAGGAAUAUGUUUCACACGUCUAAGCUUCAUCACUGCCUCAGUUUAGCUGAAAAUCUGGAUUUCUGAAGAGUGUUCCCUUCAACUGCAUGCUGCUUUACAGUUGUGCUGACUUACUUUUGACAUAUUUACUUAUCAGAGGCAAAUAUGUGAAUAUAUUAUACAUUAAGGUAAAGUUUAGUGUUUGGACUUAAGUGUGCAUGAAGAAAAUCGCAUCCUAAAAAGUGACAUUGACGUGAAACCCAUGUUCGACACAGGGAAUGUAAACAUUGUUGAAGAAAGCUUAUGUUUCACAUUGAAAAUCUGUAUCAGCAAAAGGACUUAAUUCUCUAGAAUGGUAUGAAGCAAUAGUGAAAAAAAAAAAGCUGACUUCCUAUAUUUCAGUUUCAGUUGGGCAUUUUUUCUGUAUCUGUCACUAUAACAAGUUACACUUUUCCCUACAUGGAUCUUGGUGAUAUACUAAUGAUUUGUAUAGAUAUACUUAACAUUUUUUUUUUAUUGAAAAUCUAUCUCACCUUUUUAAAAACAUGUGAUCAGCUUUGGCACUGAAAAUAUGAUCUUGACUCUCUUGUGUUUGAUUACUUCAUGCAAACAGUUCAGCAUGAAAAUACAUUUCAAUGUAGUUUUGGAGAACAUGACUCUCUUAAAAGUGUUUUUGUGUUUGUUUUUUGUUUUGGAACAUUUAAAAUAAGUUAAUAAGUUACUAAUUGUUCACUUUAAACUGGCCGUUGGUUUCAUGUAUAGAUGAAUGAAGGCAGAAAAUAACAUCCCAGUAUUUUUAACGCAAAUAUCUUAUUCGUAAAGUGACAAUAUGGUUAUUGAUCUUCAUACAGUAUUUAAGAGUCACUGUUAACUCACUGAUGUAAUCAUGUUGGUUGCAGUAUUUCUAUGUAGAGUUUGUAACUUAUAAACUCUUGGAUUUAUUCAAUAAAUACUUUGCUCGUGGCUUUAAAAAAU